AUGAUGGUCCGAAUCAAAGAGCUUCAACGGCGAUUGGACCAAACACUAGGAAAACCUGGCCAAGACCGCGCAUCAAAAGCAACAUGGGGUGGUGCGACUACCAUCGGAGCGCGACUUUCAAGGAUUGAGCUUCAGAUGACGUGUCUUGAGCGUCAGAUGAACACCACCGUGAACCUUCUGACGGCCUUGUGUCGACAGCAGGCCUCCGUUAGCAGUCGAAGGGCCUCGAACACCUCCAACAGCUCGCAGCUCGAUCGACCUCCUUCAGCUCGAGACUCGUACUCGCCCACGCUAAUGGUCGGCCAGCAGUAA